CAAUUUCAAAACCGGAUGCGCGAGCUCAGUUGUUAUGGAGCUGUUUUAACGUAUCGUGAACUCCUACAACAAGCUAAACGAGGCAUUUGUGUGGUUUAAUCACUAUACUGGAUAGAGCCGAGAGAAAGAACUGAACUCAUACAAAGAUGGAAGAAGGAGAGACCGUAUUGAUACCUUCCAGAAAAGAGCUACGUAAGCAGAAGCUGAUGGAAUACUUGGUGGCAAAAGGAAAGCUGAAACAGCCAAACCCAAAGCAAUCCUUCUCUGAUGACUGUCGGGGUAAAAAGCCUGUGACGUUGGCGCAAAAGGUUGUGGGAAAAGAGAACGAGGCUCCAGCAGAGAGAUUUCAAUAUGAAAUCACAAAAGCUCCAACUGUGGCAGCUCGAUCCUCAAUUCCCCCUGCCAGAAGAGUAUUUGGUGUAAAAAAUAAAGUGAAUGUUAGCGGCAUACUCACUGGACAGCACAGUACUAGUCAUCCAUCUGCAACCAAUGGCCCAGCUCAGCCCAAACUUAACCCUGUGCUCACAAGAAUGUAUACCGUUAAGUCCUCUAAAGCCAACCAGAAUACAGCCAGCCUUCUCAAAGAGCAGCCAAACACAGGGAUACAAUCCUCAGGCAGAGCCUUUUCAAAUGCAGUCCAUAAAAAUGUGACAAACUCAAACAGCAGAUUCAAUUGUACUUCAAGUGCUACCUGGACAGGUCCAGUGAAAACACUCAGUGCCAGGCUGAGUCUCGGGCCUAUUGUCCAAACAAAAACGGGACUCAUUCCUGCAGUGCCCCAGCCAAGAAACAGUCGAAACUUAAUACACACCUCUGCCACUGCAGGUAAUAACAGCACCACCACUUCUUCUACUUCUGUUGCUAACCAUGUGCAAUCCAGAACCUGUUCAUCAGUCUUUGUUUCCAAGAGGUCUUCCAUGGCUCAGGGGAAAACCUUACCUACCACUGCUCAAAACAACCUCGUCAAUGGGAGGAAAACAGUUUCCUCGACCGCAAACACUGGGCUUAAAUUUCAAGAUCGGCACAAAACUAACUCCAAACCGCUUUUGGGUCAACAUCCUCAGCCAUCUUGUAAGAGUCAAGUGUCAAAUGGACUGAAAUCAACAUCCAGCUCCUCCAAGUGCACAGCAGCACCUACUAAGCUGGAGGAGAGAGUACGGAUGUCAAAAACUAAUAAAACAUCUGGGCAGCCCACAGACAGGUCCACAAAACAGAGAAUUGAGGGUGAAGGACAGAAAAAUGGCACGCAUUGCAAUGUUGCCUCCCGAAUGUCCUCAGGACCAGCGAGCAGGAGCAUUUCCAGAGUAGUCGGUGGGGUUAGGCGAGCUGCUGUGGCUGAGCAUGGAGGGAAAACCAAGACAUUAAAAGACACAGAUGGCAAGAGGGGACACAGCUCAGCAAUUCCCCAUCAAGCACAGACAGGUAUAAAAAGAACAGGUGGUCCAGUGAUGUCACAGACAGUUCCCCAACCCACUAGGACCAUCAGACAUACAAGCCAGGCCAAGGACAUCAAGACGACAAAGGCCCCGGUACGGGUCAUUCCCCAGACAGAGGGAAAGAAACUCACUGCUGCCCAGGAGGAAAGAAUGAAAAAACUACAGGAAUGGCGGGAAGCCAAAGGCAUUUCCUACAAGCGUCCUUCGAUGCCUGUGAAACCUCAGGUCAGGCGCACUGUGGCCGUACCCCAGCCGUUCUGGGCCACCAUGAAGGAUGAAGAUGAGGCCCAUUCCCUUAUCUCUGCUGUGGACAGAUCCCUGGCUGAUUGCAUGAAGUUGCUUUGUGAGGGUUGCCCUCCAAAGCAGGUGAAGGACGUUCUCUCAAGGCUGCCAGCAGUGUCCCAGAAGUUUGCUAAAUAUUGGAUCUGUCAGGCCCGCCUCAUGGAGCAGGAGGGCAACUUGGAUGUCCUGCCCAUGUUUGAAGAGGCUGUCCGUGUUGUGUUGGAGCCUGUGGACGAGCUGCGGACUGUGGUGUUUGAGAUUCUGAAGAAAAAGGACGAGAUCCAAGAUACGUCUGAUGGAAAUGGGAAAGAGGAUGACCAGGUAUCAGCAGGUGAAAGCACACUUGAGAGUAUCAACAAUCCACUGAUGACCCCCAAACCUGUCAGAGCCCUCAUCUGUGGGGAGCAAGGAGGGUCAUCUGUAGUAAAGUACAAGAUCACAGCAACUCCCGGCGGCCUCUCAAGUCAACAGCAGGAACCGGCACGGGUCAACGGCCAGGAGGUUCGCUUCUUCACUCCAGUUAGACGCUCAGUGCGCAUCAAGAGGGCCUCACUGCGAUACCCUGUGUCCCUCCAGGACCACGAUCUCUGCGUGGCCUCCUACAAUGACCUGAUCUCCGAGGAGGAUAAAGAGACAAGUGAAGAACAGAAGGAUGGGGAAAACAGCCAGUCUGCUAUCAACACACCGAUGUAUAUCUACAGAGAGAAUGAAGCACUUAAAGACAAAGUGUUCGUCAAGCUAGUCUGCGAUGAAGGCGUUUAGCUUUAGGUGCUUACUUCAUCACCAUGUAGUCAAGACAAAAUUCAGAUGUUCGGUCACUGGAAGAGAGAGCAAAGAACAAUGUCUUAAAAUGUAUUUUUGAAGUUUAUCUUUGUAAGGAUGGAACCCAACCAAGGUAAUCAAAUGUUUCAUUAUUAAGUUAGUUAUUUCACUCCCUUGCUUAAGGAGAACUUACUGUGUUUAUUCUGUUGGUGUCUGUUUUAUUUUAUUCCUUUAAAUAAUGUGGUGUACAUAGCAAUGUAAAAAUAAAUGGCUUUUUGUAAAUCUAUAUAUAUAAA